GCGGAGGCGGUGGUGGCAGCGGCCCCGGGAGCGGCCGAAGGGGCUGAGCGUAGCCCCAAGGACCCGCGAGGAACCGGCGGCCCGAGCCAAGCUCCGGGCCCGCGCCGGGCUGACCUGGCCACCAUGGAAGACGGAGUCUAUGUGCCCCCGGACCUGACCCAGGAGGAGCGCCUGGAGCUGGAGAGCAUCCGGCGGAGGAAGCAGGAGCUGCUGGUGGAGAUCCAACGCCUGCGGGAUGAGCUGAGCGAGGCCAUGAGCGAGGUCGAAGGGCUGGAGGCCAAUGAGGGCAGCAAGACCCUGCAGAGGAACCGCAAGAUGGCCAUGGGGCGGAAGAAGUUCAACAUGGACCCCAAGAAGGGCAUACAAUUUCUCGUGGAAAAUGAGCUGCUCCAGAACACCCCUGAGGAGAUCUCCAGGUUCCUGUACAAGGGCGAGGGCCUCAACAAGACGGCCAUCGGGGACUACCUUGGGGAGCGGGAGGAGCUGAACCUGGCUGUUCUCCAUGCCUUCGUGGACCUACACGAGUUCACAGACCUUAACCUGGUGCAAGCACUCAGACAGUUCCUGUGGAGCUUCCGCCUUCCUGGGGAGGCCCAGAAGAUCGACCGCAUGAUGGAGGCCUUUGCCCAGCGCUACUGCUUGUGUAACCCGGGGGUCUUCCAGUCCACAGAUACCUGCUACGUGCUCUCGUUCGCCGUCAUCAUGCUCAACACCAGCCUCCACAACCCCAACGUGCGCGACAAGCCGGGCGUCGAGAGGUUCAUCACCAUGAACCGAGGCAUCAACGACGGCGGGGACCUGCCCGAGGAGCUGCUCAGG